GUUCAUUUCAUGAGCAUCGAGCGACAUAACGACUUUGAACGCUCAAGCAUGAUUAACUCUGCCGACUCUGAUCAACAGUCUUGACGUGUCAUGUGAGAAUUGAGAAGACGACACCCAACCUCAUCCUAACCACCAUUAUCACAACACAUUCGCACAAUGUCAGAAGCAGCAUAUCGCCCUUUGUGGAGCGCUGCCUUGCGUCAACCCUCUUCCAGCAUAUUCACAACAUGCAAGCAAUGUCAAAUAAGCUUUCCUGGGACUUUUCAGAUGCGCGCAUCUUCUUCCAACUCGCGGUGGAAGAUGAGGCAGGGUAAAGACUUUUUCGCCCGCGAGGCCAAGGUGCAGGGGCUCAAGAGUCGGGCUGCGUUCAAGCUCCUAGAGAUGGAUGCCAAAUACAAGAUAUUUCGCAAAGGGCAGACGGUAGUAGAUCUGGGAUAUGCUCCAGGGAGUUGGUCACAGGUUGCUGUCGAGCGCACGAAGCCCAAUGGCCAGAUCCUGGGCAUCGACAUCAUACCCGCACAGCCACCCAAGGGCGUCUCAACAAUCCAAGGCAACUUCCUUUCACCCGACGUCCAGGGCAUGGUGAAGGACUAUCUCGAGCGAGCCAGACACCGCAAGCGGAACUCACCGCCAGCAGAAGAAGAUGAAGAACAAGAAAACGACGAAGAAGAAUCAUCUGCGGAUAGCGAGGCUACAGUCAUUGAGGAAAAACCGAGCUACAUCGACAUGGAGAGAGCAGCGUCCGAAACCACAAGUACCGCCAAGGAUGGAUCGGAAGCUAAGAAAGGUCGAUUGGUGGAUAUUGUGUUGAGUGACAUGUCAGCACCUUGGGACCAGACCAGUGGAUUCGGCGUGAACAGUCUUAGUAAUCCCUAUCAUAGGAUGAUGAACACGAGCGGCAUGGCAUUCCGAGACCACGCUGGAAGUAUGGACCUAUGCGGAGCGGCACUGCAGUUCGCCAACGACACGCUCAAGAACGGCGGGCAUUUUGUCUGCAAGUUCUACCAAGGUUCCGAGGACAGAGAGUUUGAAAAGAAGUUGAAGACCUUAUUUGCAAAGGUUUUUCGAGAGAAGCCAGAGUCAUCUCGCAGUGACUCAAAAGAGGCAUACUUUGUCGCACUCAGAAGGAAGGGAAACGUAAGCUUGGAGAGUGACGACUUGUAAUCAACUGUUGGACGUGUACGAGUAUGAAAGUCAAGAGAAGCUGUAAGGGUUAAGUCAAGGGUAAUGCCGUGUUACGAUACAGAGGG